AUGAACUGGCUAUCUAUAGCUGCUAUCUGUACAUUCUUUAUUAUACCAACUUCUGCUGUCUUUGAAUGCUCUGGAUCAGAAACUACAGCUUUUAUUAGAAUAUCAAGAGCUCGUCUUGAUGGUACUCCUGUAGUUAUUUCAACAGCUGGACAUGAUUUAACUUGUGCACAAUAUUGUAGAAAUAAUAUUGAACCAACUACUGGUGCUCAACGUGUAUGUGCUUCAUUUAAUUUUGAUGGUCGUGAAACAUGUUACUUUUUUGAUGAUGCUGCUGCACCUGCUGGUACUGGUGAAUUAAAUGAAGCACCAUCAGCAAAUAAUUUUUAUUAUGAAAAAGUUUGCCUUCCAGCUGUAUCUGCUCAUGAAGCAUGUACAUAUAGAUCAUUUUCAUUUGAAAGAACUAGAAAUACUCAAUUAGAAGGUUUUGUUAAAAAAUCAACACAAGUUUCAUCACGUGAAGAAUGUCUUUCAACAUGUUUAAAAGAAACUGAAUUUGUAUGUAGAUCAGUUAAUUAUAAUUAUGAAAACUUUAUGUGUGAACUUUCAACUGAAGAUCGUCGUUCAAAACCACAAAAUAUGAGAAUGUCAAAUGCACCAGUUGAUUAUUAUGAUAAUAAUUGUUUAAAUAGACAAAAUAGAUGUGGUGAAUCUGGUGGAAAUUUAAUUUUUAUCAAAACAACACAAUUUGAAAUUCAUUAUUAUGAUCAUACUCAAUCAAUGGAAGCACAAGAAUCAUUCUGUUUACAAAAAUGUUUAGAUUCAUUAAAUACUUUCUGUAGAUCUGUUGAAUAUUCACCAUCUGAAAAGAAUUGUAUUGUUUCUGAUGAAGAUACAUAUUCAAGAGCUGAUCAACAAGGUGAAGUUGCUAAUAAAGAUUAUUAUGAACCUGUUUGUGUUGCUGCUGAUCUUAGUUCAUCUACCUGUCGCCAACAAGCUGCAUUUGAAAGAUUCAUUGGAUCUGCAAUUGAAGGUAAUCCAGUUGCUACAACACAACAAGUUACUAUUUCUGAUUGUAUUUCACUUUGUUUCCAAAAUUUGAAUUGUAAAUCAAUUAAUUAUGAUCGUACACAUUCUACAUGUUAUAUUUAUGCUGUUGGUAGACAAGAAUCAAAUAUUAAAAAUGAUGCAAACUUUGAUUAUUAUGAAUUUAAUUGUGAAUCACAAUUCGGUGGAAUGGCUUUAUGUACAAAUGAAGGUAUUAGAUUUAUUGUUAAUACUAAAGAACCAUAUACUGGUGCUAUAUAUGCUGCUGAGAAAUUUAGUACAUGUUCACAAGUUGUUGAAAAUGCUAAACAAAUAUCUAUUACAUUCCCACCACCAACAAUUUCAACUGAUUGUGGAACAACAAUUAAAGAUGGUAAAAUGGAAGCACUCGUUGUUGUAUCAUUAGAUGGUGUUUUACCACAUCAAGUUACCACAGAAUGGGAUAGAUUUUAUCGUGUAUCAUGUGAUGUUUCUAUGGAUAAUAUGGUUAAAGAAGGAUCUGUUGUUGUUACAACAAUGUAUGAAUCUGGAGAAGCUAAUACACAAGUUUUAGAAACUGGAACACCACCACCAGUUACUGCUACAAUUUCAUUCUUAGAUGCUAAUGACCAACCUGUUACAAAAGCAUCUAUUGGUGAUCAAAUUAAUCUUGUUGUUUCUUCAGAACAAGCAGGACCACAUAAUAUGAUGCUUACAGAUUGUACUGCAACAAGAGUUGGAGGUGAAGGCGAUGCUGUACCAUUUACAAUUAUUGAUAAUGGAUGCCCAAGAUAUCCAGCACUUGUUGGACCAGUUUUACAAGAUUUCAACAAAAAUCGUCUUAAAUCUGAAAUGAAAGCAUUCCGUUUAGAUGGAUCAUAUGAUAUUCAAAUUGAAUGUUCUGUUAUGUUUUGUGCUGGUCCAAUGGGUUGCCCACCAUCUAAUUGUCUUGAUUCAGGAACAAAUGAAUUAUUUGCUUCACAUGGAAGAAAGAAAAGAAGUGUUAUUGAUUAUAAUAAUUCAACAACAUCUGCAGAAACAUUAUCUGCCAUUAUUAGAGUACUUGCUGCUGGAGAAGAAGAAUUAGAAGUUGAAGAAUUUUAUAGAAAUGAUACUAAUUUCAAGUAUGAUUCUGAUGAAAAUAUCUCAGCUCACAAUUUAUUCUGUAUGUCUGAAAUGUGGUUUGUAUCAGGAAUUGUUUCAAUGUCUAUGAUUUGUCUCCUUCUUUCUGUUCUUAUUGUUAUUUGGGGAUGUCAUUCAUUAAAUCAAUCUUCAAAAUUACCUAUGUAA